AUGGCACCGCCAACAAAGUUCACAAAGAAGCAAUUGGUCAAGCACCGAACAUCAGCAACCCCAACCAACGGUAAGAAGUCCGGCGGCUUCCAAGUUGGACCCAAACAUCUCCCCGAUGGUGCCUACCUCGGCAAGCACAAGCGCAUCAAGGCUGAACUCAUCCACAAAGCCAAAGUCAAGAAAGGAUACUACAAGCAGCUCAAGCAAGAUAAAUCCGGCGGCAGCGGGACAAAUACUAAUGCAGCACCGUUAGGGACACGUGGUAGGGCAGCAGCAGCACCAAACGAUGAUGGGCCUGCUCUGCCCUUUACCUUGCCAAAAGACCAGGGGAGGUUCGCGCUAGAAAUUGGAGGAGAGGGUGAUAAUGCAGGUUUGGACUUGGUAUUGUCGGGAAGUAAGCAGGAUCUGAGGCCAAGAAGAGAGGGUAAGGGAAAGAGCAAGAAGCCCUUGCCGCAUCCUCUGCCAAAGCCGGUUCAGAAGGAAUCGGGGGAAGAGAAGGUGAGGGAUACGAGGAGUAAAGAGGAGAAGGAGCAGGAAAGGUUGAAGAAGAACAAGAUGUGGAAUAAGCCAAGCGGUAGUCGUACAGGACAGGCAAGAGGUCAGCCAAAUUUGGGAGCAAGGAUGGAAGUUAUGCUUGACAAGAUUCGCAAGUCCACCAAUUAG